AUGUACACAAGCCCCCGGUAUUCUCGACACCACGGCAGCACCAGUAGCUACCAGACGCAGUACAACACAUCGUCGCCAUCUAAGUAUAGCCAUCCGCAGUACACUUCACCGACAAAAUACAACACAUACGAUGGUUACACGUCGCCUGUCAAGCCGACAUCGUACCAGCAACGAAGCUAUGCCGAAUAUUACUCGUCCCCCAGCAGCCCAACGUAUUACAAUCAGCAGCAAGAUUUUUAUCAAUCGGGUGCUUCUACGGCCUCGUCAUCUUCGCAGGAAGGUCCUUUCUACGCAGAUGAGUUGGACGAGCUGGAUGACUACACAAUGGGACUUGCAAGUCCAGACAUGACCACGGUCCCGACUGUUCCUACGCCUGUGAUGCUCAGUCUGUAUGAGCACGGCAAGACUCCAUCUGGCAGAGUCAUGGUCACAGCGGGCAAUCAGACUAUCGAAUUCUUCUCAUCUGUCGUCAAUGCACCUCUUUCGCGGUGUAUGAUUGUGCAGGAGUAG